AAGUCAGUCCUUGCCGGGACAUAGACUGAGGAAGUCAUACAUACGCGUCCAAGAAGUUACGCCUAAUAACAAAAGUAAAAGCAACAUUUUUAGUUUUUAUAAUUUUUCUACUAAAUGACCAAUUUUUGUAAAUCAUUUUUAAUAAUAUUUUUUAAAACAAUUUAUCACCACCACUGAAGGUGAGAAUGAGUGAAUCGUGAAGGACAGUGUCCAUGUGAGAAGAAGAAACACAUGUAUUUUGUUAUCUUAUAUAAAAAUUCUAAUAAUUUAAUCGAUAAUAAAAAAAUAAGUAAUUGUUUAUUGAAUUAAUUUAAAAAAAUAAAAAAUUUUAUUGCUUCGUGAGUGUGUAAUUUUAAGGAUAAGUGCAAGGUUAUUUACUACCGAGAGAAAAUAAAUAAUACUGAUUGAAGAAGAAAAGAGAGCUAGUGGUAUGGGUCGUGACAUGCGGCUACCAGGUCGCAGACCUGAUGGACUCUUCAAGUUUAUUUUUAUUGCUGCCUUCUUACUUAUUGGUCCUACAACUUUAGUGAGAACGCAAGAUGAUGCAGUAUCACAAAGAGAUAUUCCCGGCUUGGAUAAAGAUGGGCGAAAUGAUGAUGCUAUUGAUGAACUUAAAUAUUCAAUUGAUGAGCAAAGUAACUACAAUGAUAAUUACGACGAGCCUGAUGAUGAUUAUAUCCAGACUAAACGAAGAAAAGUGAUACGAGUUCGUGUGCCACCUCACUUUUCUGACAAUGAAAAACCUGAAAGAGCGCAUAAAUAUACAGUGGUGAGGAAACGCCCACUUAUACCUUACACAAAAUCUUUCUUACCCGAAAAAACGAUUCCACCAUCGCCUCGGAGGAUUGUUGUAACACGUGUCAGAAGUCUUGGUGCUCGAUCGAGAAAUUUUGGUUAUGAUGAUUCAAUUUACUCAAGCAAUAUACCGUCGAAAUGGCACAAAGUUACUGUUACUCGAACUAGAAAAUUGAUACCCACUGCAAACAUUGAAUUAACGCAGACGCCAAAAACUCGAGUGACUAGAAAGAAACUUGUGACAAGACGACCUGUUGCUACAUCAACUCAGACGUUUGCUAUUAUUACGACUGGAUUUUAUGGAAUUUCCGAUAAUAAGGAUGAGGAUGAAGACGAGGAUGAUGAUGAUGAUGAUAAUUACAAUAAUGGUAAUAACGAAGGUAGUGUUGAAGAAAAUGGUAAUAUGGAAAAUAUUCAAGACGGAAUAAAAGAGUCGACUGAAGUACCAACUCUUGUAGGCACAGCUAAUGACAUUGAAAAACCAGACGUUGAGAAUGUAAAAAACGAGGAAUUUCUAAAUAAGUUUGAGGAAGAAAUUUCUGUAGAGCCUAGUACAAUUAGUGAUGUAACACCAGUAAUUAUUACCGACAAUUUUUAUUUCCCCGCUUCUUCCGACAGUGAAGAAGAAAAUGGUGACGAACCAGAAGAGGAUGACAAUAUCUCUACAACCGAAGAAAUUACUCGAGGUGAAAUUACAGAUGAUUCGCAAAAGCACACAACUGAAGAAUUUGAGGAUGAAAAAAAUAAAAAUGCUCAGAGUAAUGAGAGUGAAGAAUUUACAACUACUGAAGAAAUUUCAAUAACUGAAGAAAUAGAAUCAACUGAGUCUUAUCUCACAACAAUUGGGGACGUUGAGUCAGUAGAUAUGAAUUCUACGACUCAAUCAAGUACAACUGAUAUAAUUUUGGAAUCAUCUUCAUCAUAUUCUCUCGGAUCUGAACAAAUUUUGGACUCUAUGGAAAAUACCAAUAAAAAUUCUGAAGAAGAACUGAGUGUUGUACCAUUGAAACCUUACACUGAAACUUCUUUUUCUUCUUCUUCUUCUUCUUCUUCUUCUUCAUCGUUUUCUUCCUUACAAUCUCCAAGUCUUGAUAUCAAUGAAUUUUUAAUAAGUGAUGUGCCCAGUGUAAUUCCACUGGAAUCAUCAAUGAGCCCAGAUGAAGAUUAUCAAUCUCUCCAGCCAACACAAACUUUGCAGAUUGAAUCCUCGAGCUCAAGCUCAAGCGAAACAAUAGCAAUAACAACUACAUCAACAACAACAACAACAACAACAACAACAACAACUACAACAACUUUUGUCAGCUCACCAACGCCGGAAGAUAUCGAAGCUGGUCUUUCUGAUGAACUUUAUUUGUCAUUAUCGAGACCAGAUUUUCCACAAAUUGCUCCAUCGCAAUUACCGAAAAACGAAGACGAAUCAAAAACGAAUGAAGAAGAGUCUUCGCGUUCUGUAUUAGUAUCCUUAGAACCUGAACCAACUCCAACUGUUAUCUUUACCGAGACUAUUGUUACGUCAACUCGAUUAAGAACUUAUACUUACGUUGUCACGAAAUUAAAUGGACUAGAAACUCAGGUGACGUCUUCAACUACUGUUCGACCGCGCGUGACGACACUGACGCUAACAGUACCCGUAACAAUCAUACCCUCCUCAAUCGAGAAUGUGGAAUCUAUACGUCUCAGCACCAUAACAACUGCCUCGCGUCGAGAACCCGAUGGACAAGAAACAAGGCGUGAAACAAGAAUGAUGAACGAGGAUGCAGAAGGUGAAGGCAGAAGACUAAACUUAGCUACAAGAGUAAUGUCAAAUGGGGUAGAAGUCAUAGUGGCCGGCCCUACACCAGCAUUGCGGUGGGAAAAUUCAAACCCACAGCCCACACUUACUCUCUCUGACGAGGUUGUUAUGCUCAUGCCUCAAGAAGAUCCUAACGAAUUCGUUACCAAGACUUGCACAACGACAUUUACCUAUUUAAAUACAAUUACUAAGGAUGGCACGACAAUUGUUUCGACCGACCAACAGGUCGUCGCGAAUACGGCCACAGAAGAGCGCCAUAGAAAGCCAGGAUCAGAGUCUGCAGCAGUAACUCUUGCCGCUUCGCCCACUCUAAGAACAGAGGUAUUCAAAACAACCUACACGUAUCUUACAUUGAACACAGAUCAUCCAGACGCAAAGAACGCUCUAGGAAGCAGCCAGAAAGUAAUAACAAAUACAGUCACCGCGCCGCAGCAUUAUUUAGAUAUGAUUUUAGAGCCUUCUGAGGCAUCACCACCUCAAACAAAUACUUAUCUCAGUACUCGUGUUCUUGAAAAGACAUUUAUUGAAGACGGAAUAACAAAAAUUGCAACUAUGAGUGAUACCAUUACUCGUCUUAUUAUCACUGAGUCUGUACCGCCUCCGCCCCGUCCAACUAGUGUUACCACAACUCUAACAGCUCUUGAUAAUCCCGAGGAUACUCUUACGGAUAUUAUGAAGACAUAUUACAUCACUUAUACUUACUACAAUACUUACCUUGAAAAAGGUAGUAGUACCGUAGUCCGAACAAAUGUCGCUACUUCAACAGAUGUUGCCGUGGAAAAGGUGAAGAAGACUGGUGUUAUCGACACACAAGUAACUGCAACACCAAGUCUCGAGCCUAUUAAGAUAUUUGCUACCAAGACUUACUUAACAACUUUCACGUAUUUCACCACGCUGCUUCAGGCCGGCCCUGAUGGUGAAACUUCAACGACAAUCUCCUCGAGAUCCCAUGUUGUAGAAAAUGUCGUAACAGAAUCGAUCGCUCCAAGUUUACUUAAUGCUGGUUAUAUGAACUUUUUGACGACAUCUCAUCACUCAGAUUCAGUUAAAAACGUCGUUACAGGUUCGACAAUUAUUUUCUUCGAUGAAGAAGAUCAGAUUGAUUCGUCCAGUACUAGUACACAAGUCCAACCAACAGCUUCUCUAGAGGCAUUAGAAUCAACUAUAGAAAAUUCAGAAACUCCAAUUGUUCAGUCUUCCGACAUAGAAUCAGAGCCACAGAAAGAUGAACCGGAAAAACAACAGAAUGAACAAAGUUCAAGUGAUUUAGAUACUAGUGCGUCUUCAGGGAUUACACACAACGAAUCAUUGAAUCAAGACAGUAAUACUGCUGAAACUAACAAUGGACCUAACCGACCAGUUGGAGGUGGCUUACUGAGUCUUGGAUCUCUUGGAAUAAAUGGUUUGUCGGCUUUGGGGCCAGUCAUUACUGCUAUGGCAGGGCUUUUGAAGGGCAAGCCAACAGCUAACCGUAGGAAUGAUACUAUGUCACAACCUUCUAAUCCUCCAGCUCAUCAAGAUCAUCAAGAAACUACAACUCAGCGAUCACCGAUUUACAUUCCUGUUGCUGAUUUUGCAGAUGGUGACAUCGAAACAGCGGAAAGUCAAAAUAUUGUUGCUCAAUUGGCUAAUCCGAAUUCAAAUUUUAUACCCGAAACGAGGCAUAAAGUUGCUGCGAGUCUUGUUGAUGGUAUCCCUAUAUCUCCGGGAGAAGUUAUUACAGCAAAUAGCGAUGUGAUUAUUGGUAAGCCAGGUAUUUUAGCACCAAGACCACCACAAAAGUAUCUUCAAAAUGGAAAUGAAAAUCAAAAUCAAAAUUUUGGAAUGAAACCCCCACCGAUAUCAGUACCGAAUAUUCCGGUUCACCCUGUUUUGGAAGUAAUUAAAGACGAAAGAUCUGAGCCCACACGAAAUAUUCUUCACGGCAGUUCUUCAAACUCCAAACGCCCAUCAAAAAUUCCCCAUCAUUUAAAUAAUGAACCGACAAGAAGCGGAUUAAAACAUGAUGUUUUAGAAAAUGAUCCACUACUUAAACCUCCGGGGAGAACCAAUAUUGAAAAAUAUGCUAACCCAAGUAUUAACUCAAAGGAACCCGAGUGGAUUUCUAAUAUCUUCAAACGACCUUGGAUCUCAAAAGAUGGAUUAAUGCCUCCUCCAGUACCGCCAACACCUUCCAGAAUCGAUCAGGAGCUAAAUUUUUAUCCGCCCCAAGAUACUCAACCGUGGAAAAAUCAUCCGUCAGAUGAGCAAAAUAACCGGUCACCUUGGGCUCAAAAAGAUCCAAUAAUUACUAAUACCAAUUUAGAGAGCUCUAAAUUGAAAACAGAACUAACACAAUUAACAGCUUCUGAGCCAAUAGUUCACCAAGUUCCUCACGUAAUAGAUCGAUCAACUGGUCAACCAUUGCUUGUAAACAUCCAACCGAGUCAAGUAGCUAAUGUCGUUAUUCCUCAAGGUGGCACACAGGCUCUUAUUUUUGGAGAUACCAGUGAACCACACAUUAGUGGGCAGUAUUUUGAUGACCCUUCACCUUAUCCAGAACCAGAAAGUAAUCCUCCAGGAUAUGGUGGGUUUGAAAAACAGGAAAAUAAUUUAUCAGAUUUUAUGAUUCCACCAGCACCGCCUUUUAAUAAUUAUAAAUCGCCUUCUCAAAAGCCGCAUCAACACACUGUUUCUUCUCCUAAUAAUCGAGUUUACUCAAAAUUUCCUCGACCACAUGAUAAAAUAGAAAUACAUACAAACCGACCUGAAAAAAGACCGUCUGAUGUUCAUUUGAUUCAACGGCCUGAGUCUCAUGGUCAGUCUAACCAAGGUCAAGUUCACACCGAAAUUUUAGUGCACCAUUCACCUGAUACAUCAAAUUUUCACAGUAAUUUCAGACCUCAAUCAAAUCAAUAUCAACAAGAAUUUUCGCCUCCACGAAGAGAUUACCAUGUACCGACUUUAAAUGAGCUUCCACCACGAAGAACCACGGAUAUUUCUCCAUCUACUGAGAUGUCUCAUCAUCAUCAUCAUCAUCAUCAUCAUCAUAGAUAUGGAUACCACCAUGAAAAGCCAAACGGUACAGCUACAAAUGAUAUUCUGAAACAAAAGUGGAAGAACGAUAGAACGAAACCAAGAAUUACAGUUGUUCGACCGAGACCUGGGGUGAAGCCACCAAGACCUACUUACUAUCCUAAUCCCGAUAGAAUUUCAGGGUUUGGAACAAAGUUGAAAUAUCCUUAUCGACCUCCAUCUCAUACUGCUCAAGUUUCUCAUCUACCGCAAAUUCCAGUUAGUUGGCAAGACGAAACUAAAGUUGAGCAGUCUAACACUAAUUAUCAACAACACAAAACUCAAGAACCUCAAGAAAAUCUUCCUAUCGGAGUAAUUGGAUACAGAAAUCCAUUGAUCGGAAAUGCUAAAAGACCUAUGCAGCAGCCUCCGCUUCAACCUACUAAUUAUCAACCAUCGCCUCCCCAACAUCACCAAGUUCACCAACUGCCUCCGGAUAUAAGCCCUCCUGUUAUUCAGAGCUUUGGUCAAAUUCUUCCUCAUCCAGAUGAACCUGAAAUUCCUUGGUCUGAUACACAAACCGAAGCUGGUCCUGAUUCAACUGCUGAAGAGUCUGGAGAAAGUUUUAACUAUCACAAUGAAAUGUUCAAUAAGAAACAUGAUGAACAAGAACAAGAACAACAACACCAAGAACAACAAGAACGAGAACAACAGCUACAGCAACAGCAGCAUCAAUAUCAAUAUCAACAGCAGCAACAUCAACAUCAACAGCAGCAACAGCAUCAACAGGAGCAACAACAUGAACAGCAGCAACAACAACAACAACAUCAACAGCAGCAACAAGAACAACAGCAACAAGAACAGCAGCAACAACAUCAACAGCAGCAACAACAUCAACAGAAGCAACAUCAACAGCAACAACAACAACAGCAAGAGCAGCAACAGCAACAGCAGAAGCAAAAGCAACAAAAACAACAGCAGGAACAACAAGAAAAACAAGAGCAACAACAACAGCAACAGCAACAAUUUGAAAAUCAUUUUAUCGAAGAAAAUGAAGAUAAUGGACCAAUUGAACCGAUUACGUUUGAAUCAGAAAUAUCUGAUAAAAAUAAACAAAGAGAAAAACCUUCCAACAUCCUUGAAUCAUCAACAACAAAAGUUGAAACUAUUGAAGAGAAUGUUUUCUACCAAACUCAAACGGAAACUUCACCAGAAAAUCAAAACAACAAUAAUUACGCCACUGUAAGUGUCUUAAAACCUUACGAGAUUUAUGAAGAUAACUCCGAAACGGACAAUCAAGAAAACAAAAAUAUCUCUGACGAUACAUUAGACUAUGAUGUAAUUCAAGGUGUACCAUUUGGUGAUAGAGUAAUAUCAAAUUCGGAUGAAUUUGAACGUAACGAUACAAUUGACUUAAAAGCCCCGACUAUGAUCUCUCAUUUUAUUCCUGAGGAAUCGACGAAAUUAAAACCAUUCCAGCAUCAAAAAACUGUAACACCACGACCAAUUUUUGAACAGAAACGAAUUUCUGUAGUACAGGAUCCUAAAUAUCCCAGUGGUCAUGCGCGACCUGCGAUAGACUGGGAAACUAUACAGAAAAUGAACAAUGAGAAUCACUAUUCUAACAGAAGAAACUUGACAUUUACGCGAACAAAUCAUUCUCACAGUUAUUCAGAUUUUAAAUACGUUAAUACCGAAAAGAUUCGUACUCCUGAGCUUACUUUACCAUCUACAGGUACUCGGGUUCACCCAGCGUACCCACAUAUUGUUACUAAACCAAGACCUGUACUACCAAUCCCAAUUACUAUUUCUUCUGACUCAUCGUCCAAACCAAAAACAUCUCAAAAAGAAAAAAAUAAUAUUAAUAAUAACAACAAUGAAGAAAUAACAUUACAUUCCGAACGACCUAACAUUCAUAUGCGUCCGAUUAUUAUUCACGCUAAAGACAGAAAUCGCGAAACUCUUGAAACUGCUUAUCAAACAAACUUUGCAGUACAUGAAGAUGAAAAGAAUUUGCCAAAUAAAAAAAGGCCUCAAUUGAAUAAUCAGAACAAAAAUUCAAAUGAAUUUAAAGUUUUGUCUCAAGAUAUGAUGCCUCCACCACCAACAAAAUCAACAAUUAAAGAUAAUAUAAACAACGAUAACGCUGAAGGUGAUCUUAAACCACCACCAAUUCUUGCAGAUGUUGUUGGAAUGUCACCGCCCCCAGUAGCAAUUACAACCACAACUGCAAGACCUACAUCAACAAUAAUUAAUGACUCUGGAUUAAGACCACCACCGCCCAAGUACAUUCCUUUAGAUUCUUCUAAAGUCGUCGGAGAAACUCCGCCACCGCCACCGUCGCCACAAUCUCCGCUAUCAGUACCCAGUGUUAAUAUGGUACCACCGAUAAUUCCAAGACCAACAAAAUCUCGGCCAUUCUUAAUAGAAUUAUUAUCUCAAGAUAUGGUGCAACCACGUCCGCCUGUUAUUGAAAGUUCUAGGCCAAUCGAAAUUGCUACUGUUAGACCUGCGAUUGCCGUAUCCGGGUCUAUACAAAUUGCAACCGCAGUAGCUACAAGUCAUAUCCCAGUAAUGCAAGAUAUUGUUGAGUCUACUAUUCCAAUUAUUCACGGUACUGUUGAUCUGCCGGUUGUGAUGGACGUGUCAGAUAUUAUCAAGUCAGUAGAAACUAGAAAGCCCGAGCACGUUAGUGUUUACACCGUUCGGCCUUUUGAAACGAAACAAGUUUCAAGAGUAUCUGUUCAACCUACGGCUAUACUUUCAACGAAUUUAAUAAUGCCAACACGUCUAAGAUUACCACAAACAGAAUCUAGCUUACCAACAAAGUCUCCAGUCCAAAUCACCAGACUUUCGUCUUACGAGACUUCAAGAAAACCAUCAGUUGUUCUUGAAGCAAGUCGUCAAAGUAUUUCAUCUAGUAAAGUUAACUCGACACAGUUUUUGAAACAUCGACCUUAUACUAUAAAGCAAAGUGUCAAUCCCAGUGACGUGACCUUCACUUCAACGGCCAAGAGAAAGUACGGUAGCUCGUCAACUAAAUUCCGUAACAUGAUCACGAAAACGUUAAAAGAGUAUGCUGAUACUAGAGUAUACAAGAAUGGUAAAAAUGUAACAACCACGACAAUGAUGACCACGAUGCAGAUGAAACCGAAAUCUGUUACGCACUUCAAAACUUUGACAGUCACAAGAACAGAAACCUCAGUUGUAGGGUCACCGCCUACAACGCGAACACUUUUAUUGACGCAUACUAUGACGUCUACCAUCGUAGAAACUGUUACUGAAACUUUACUUCGACCUACCAAUGUAGUUAUUACGUCAGUUACGACUAUUCUUCAACCAGCAACUCGCUUACCAUCUUAUGAGACUUCUCCAGACAAUAUGGAUUCGAUAUUUGUAGUAAUGAGCGAUCAGAAUCCUCCAGCAGCGGACGCUGAAGAAGUUGAAGCAGAAUAUGGAGGUGAAGAAGAAGUUUCUCGUGAUGAACAAGAUCCGGCUGGUAAUGAAAUCCAUCGUGUGUUAUCCGGUGGUAUUCUGGGAGCUCCCGUUGUUCCUCAUCGUCCGAGUACUAAUCAGUGCCAACCAGAAUGUCGAACAGCAAAAUCUGAAAUGUGUGCUUUGGUAGCCGGUGAACCUAGAUGUAUAUGUCGUCCAGGAUUUUCACGUAUGUUCUUAGAUCGUCCCUGCAAGCCAACUUACACGUACACACUCCGCGUAGGACUUGAUCGUAUCGGUAGAGAAUCUGUAAAAUAUGAUCAUCCAAUUAAUGAUAGUUCAUCUGCGUCAUUCCGAAGAUACGCUGGACCAACACGAGAAGCUCUCGAUAGAACUCUGAUGCAAAGUGACUUGAGGGAUAUUUACAGAGGCCUUGAUAUCGCUGGAUUCUACCCCCAUCCACCUCGAGUAGAAUUCUAUCUUCAACUGAGCGAUAAUACUAGUGAAACUCGGCUCAAAGAUGUAUUAAAGAAAUAUUUAAUAAGCAGUAAUUACAGUCUGGGUGGAACUGAAGUAUUUGCAUUGAGAAAUUUCGAUUCUAUUGACGCAAAUGACUUUGAUGAAUGUUCAACUGAAGAGGGAGGACCUCAUCACGAUUGCUCACCUCAUGCUGCAUGCUUUAAUUUACGUGGAUCUUACCAGUGUUCGUGUAAAGAAGGUUGGGCUGAUUUGUCUGAAAAUUCAGCGUAUCCUGGAAGAAUAUGUUCUCAAGCACCGCUCGGUUGUGCUAGUUGUAACUACAAGGGCCACUGCGUUACUAAUUCUCAUAGUCAAGAAAUUUGCGAAUGUUUCCCAUGGCACAGUGGUCAGCGUUGUCAAGUAAAUUUGAAAGUUACGCUGAUAGUUGUGGUGACUAUUGGAGCUAUCUUACUCACUGCACUUGGACUCGUUUUAGCUUUAACAUGCUUGCGUAAUCCAAACAGAGCUAGAAAAUCGGGAGACAAAAGAGCUAUGAUAAGUACCGGAGCAGGUGGUGAUACAAGCAGUGAAGGAAGUGUAACGGAUCUUGCGAUUCCUCAUCACGUUCCUCACGUUCUCCCUCCGCCGCCAAGAUCAAAUGCACCGAUUCCGCCAAGUGCUAAAAGACCCAGAAAAGUUACUAAACAAUAUCGAGCUCCAAAAAAACCAUCUUUUGCUGGCACGCCAGUUCCAUUAAAUGAAACAGCCAACACCGAUCGUACAUUGAGUGUAAUGAUUCCUCGAGCUAAAUACCGAUCUGGGCCGCAAUCGCCUCAGAAUUAUUCAAAACCACCUAUGAGUACUUUUGCCGUGGAAGAACAUAAACUGAUAAAUUAUCUUGAAGGUGGUCCACCAGGUGGUAAUCGUAAACCAAGUCUUGCUAGUACUGCUAAAGAAUACGUAAAAAGAGAAUACAUUGAAGAGACUGGAAUUAGAGUGGUAAAAAAUGCAGCUGCUCCUAAUAACGGCGCACUUGUUAGUGCUGGAUUUCAAGUGUCUGCAACGGUACUGAAAACUACUGGUGAUGGCGAAUCAACACUGGAUGACACUUUCGAACCGUCGACAUUGAAAACUCUAAGAAGUACGACGGAUUUUCAAGACGGAACGUCGACUCUCGGCGCAACUUCGAUUCAAACAACGACGAAGCUACUCCCUUUAGAUUUGGCUGAGGAAAAUUCAAGUGUUGGACGAUCAUGUUCUGGUGAUACAUCUAUCAAACAACCAUCACCGAGUCGAGGUUCUAAAGAUACUCGAGAUGCGCGUGACAGUGCGAGUGAGGGUCCUAUCACUGCUGAAAGAGAUCUCGGUAGUACUUUGCGACUUCGACAUACUCCUCUGUAUAAUCCAGAUCGAGCUAUUAGUGAUCGUGAUUCCAACUUUGAUUCACUAUAGAGUUGAUUUACUCGAAAAGUGAAAUUCGUUGUUGCCAAAUAAUACUUAAAAAAAGAUGUUCAAUGUUAUUAUUGUAAUACAGUUUAAAUAUAUAUGCCCUCGUACAAACACAUGUAAAGUAUAUAUUUAAGUACAUUUAUGUGAAUGUUGAGGUGCAGGCCAUAUUAUGAAGGUGAUUAUGCCAGUCACUGUUUCGUCGUUUGUUCUAUGUAGAAAAAGUCUGAUGUGAAGCAAUAUUAUUCAUCGUCUUCAUUACGCCAGCCUAUUUAUUUUAAUAUACAUAUGUUUGUUAUAAUAUGAUGCAUCAUUUAUAUUAAUAUAUUACACGAUCAAUAAAUAAGCGUGUCUUUAAAAUAUUUACCGAUGAUAUAGAAAGUAAAGAAUUGUCUACAAAAAGUCAAAUUAAGACAAAUAUCUCGUGCCAAAAAAUUUAUUAUAAAUUUUCAACUAUAUUGACUGUUUUGAUUGUUAGAUUUUGAUAUUUUAAUGUCAUAUGAUUACAUGUGGGAUUCAUUAUAUAUUUAAUGAAAUUGAAGAGAUAUAUAUUGAAUUUGUUAUUGUUAUUGUUUUGUUUAACUGAAUUGCUAUCGAGUCUGACCAUGUUGCUCGGCUUCGUUAUUACAUUUAUUUGUGAAAACUAAUUUACAAUUAUGCACAUUUGCAUCACUGACUAAUUUUCAAAAUUGAAUAAUAAUUUAAUUAUUGUUCUUUCAAAAAUAUUAAUAAAUGAAGCCGAGCAACGUUGCAAUUUACGACUCAUAUUAACCAUUAAUAUUAUUAUUAUUAUUAUUAUUAUUUUAAUUGUGGGUGAACGAGCAGUACUAAUUUAUAUUGAAAAUAAGAUUUAAAAUUACAGAAAAAUAUUUUUUUUUUCAAUUAAUUUUAUACAAUUUUGGGAAGUGAGAUUUCCAUUUUCGGGAACGAAAAUAUGAUAGGAUUUAAAAUAUUUUAUAAAAUCAAUAUAUUCAUAUAAAAUAACUUGACUACCAGUUUAACACUUGUCUAAUUAAAAAUGGGAAGAUUUUAGUUUUGUUUUUAUUUCUAUUCACAAAUAUGAAAUUUAUACUAACAAAAUUCUUACUAUACGUUCAAAAAUAAAUAAAAGACAAGUAUAGUUCCAUAUUAUUGUAAUAGCUGCAAUAUAUAGAAAUGUAACAUGCGCAUUACUUAGCAUGAAUAUUCUAUGUAUGCAUAAUAAUUUUUUUUUCUUUUGUACAUAACUACCUUUCCAACUUUUAUUACUUCGUAAAUAUUGUAUUUUUGUACAAUUAUAGCCUAGCCAUGUAUUUUGACAAUAAAAAAAUAAUACAGU